AUGGUGAUAAUGACAGAGAUGCGACUAUAUAGUCGCAAGACAGAGACAAAUCACGAGUCUGUAAUUGGCAAGAAACGGAAGAAAAAGAAACGUCGACGACUAGGAGACGAUAAUGAAGAGAAAGAUGAUGCAUGCACUGCUUUGUAUAUGGCUGCACAAGCUCAUAUGAAGCAGAAAAUGAAGGAAGUAGGACUGGAAGGGAUUUUGCCACUGAGUUUUGGCAACAAAGUGAUGAUUAAGAAGAUGAAAAAGCACAAAAGAUCAUUGGAAGAGACUUCGGAGUUGAUUUUGGAUGAGGAAAAGGUGGAUCAAGUAGUUAUUGGAGAGGAAAUUGAUGGUGUUGAUUGGAAACAAGUGAAAGUGGAGGGUGGAGAGGAAGUUACUGCUAUUGAGGUGGAAAAAGAGGAGGUUCAAAUUAAUGAGGAAGAGAGCUUGAUUCCGGAGACGACGACUGUUGAAAAGGUGCGGGUAGUUUAUGAUUCGGAUGGUGGAGUAGCGGAGCGAGUUGUUGAGAACGUUGAAGUGGGAGUAAUGGUUGAGUCGGAGAAGCAGAGCGUGGAUGCAAUUGUAUACAAGAAAUCACGUGGCAAGAAGAAAUACAAGUAUCCAGUUGCAAAAGAUGUUGUCAAGUUUUACGUGCAGAGGCACAUUCUUUUUGAAAAGUUUGAGGACGGCAUUCAACUUGACCAUGAAAGCUGGUACUCGGUCACUCCUCAAGUGGUCGCUGAACAUAUUGCAACGCGUCUCAGCUGUGAUGUAGUAAUUGAUCCAUUUGCUGGUUGCGGUGGAAACGUCAUUCAGCUAGCUAUGACGUGCAAGCAGGUAAUCGCAAUUGAUAUCGACCCAAAGAAGAUUCGUAUGGCAAAGCAUAAUGCUGCUAUCUACGGUGUGGCAGAGAAGAUCGAGUGGAUUGUGGGUAACUCGAUCGACAUUAUGCCCAGGCUUAAGGCUGAUGCUGUGUUCUUGUCGCCUCCCUGGGGUGGAGUAUCGUACAACCGCCAGCAUUUCAGUAUAGAAGACAUGCUAGUGAAAGGCGUGUCUGGCUUGGGUCUAUUUGCCAUGGCGCGCAAAGUGUCGAAGAAUAUCGCGUACUACCUCCCGAGAGGUACAUCUACCAGUGAUCUCGAAGCGCUAACACCUGGUGAGCCCGUUGAGUGCGAGAAGGUUUUCUUGAAUGAUCACCUAAAAGUGUUGACGGCUUACUACGGCGACUUGGUAACGCCGAACUUUCAAGCUGAAGAGAGUCUAGUACUUGUUGAGGACACAGGUGAUACAUGA